UUUUGUGUUAAUAUUUUGUAUUUUAACUUUGUUAUAUUAUUUAUUAUCUACUAUUGUAAUGAUGGAAUUUGUUAUCGUUUUGAUAUUUUGUGUGGUUCUUGUGAUUGCUGUAAUGGUAAUUGGUUCCGGGAUGGGGAAAGCUACUUCGUCGCAGCGUCAGAUGGACAUCAUUAACGUCGCUCAGAACUUAUAUGUUUUAAUUAGAAAAGGCGACUUGAAGAAAUGUGACGUUACGCAGACGACCGCGUUUCUUCUCAACAUCGCAAAGUCAACUGUUCUCAAGUACUACAAGAAAGACAUUGAAGAAGUUUCAACACCAGGAAAAAAGAGGAAAAAAAGGCCACAGGAAGGAAAGUCACUUGACACAGUCGACGAUUUCACAGUAAAUGCAAUCAGGAAUGCAAUUUACAGGAUGUACGCUGAAGGUUUGAAUGUUACAGUCGACACCAUUUUGAAAGAAAUCAGGGAAAGACAAAUAGAUUAUUAUGGUGGAAGAUCAAGUCUUCAUAAAUUGUUAAAGAAGAUGGGAUUUUCAUGGACAACUGUUGAUGGACGAAAAGCUUUGAUAGAGAAUGAAAACAUAGUAUUGCAGCGAAUAGAUUUCUUGAGAAAGUAUAAAGAAGAAAAAGAAAGAGGUGCCAAUUUCAUAUUUGUUGAUGAAACAUGGAUUUUCCAGAGAGGCAAGGCAUUAAUUUAUUUGAAAAUUUGUUCUGUGGUCCAAUACAAAGUAUUUCAUUUCCAUUUCAUAUAUUUUUCAGGAACUGUAUCAAAGUCAUGGCAGGACAAGAGUCUACAAUCUGCGAAGAGACGUACUGUUGGAGAUGGUAAAAGGUUUAUUGUUGUUAAUGCUGGAGGGCGCACUGGCUUUGUGCCAGGAGCAGGAUUACUUUUUGUUUCAGGUCAGAAGACUGCAGACUACCAUGGCGAGAUGAAUGGGGAAACUUUCUUGAUGUGGUUUGAAGACAUGUUGGUGCAUCUUGAGGAACCCAGUGUCAUCAUAAUGGACAAUGCUUCAUAUCACAGCACCCAGGUUGAGAAAACACCUACAACGAACUGGACCAAGGCUGCACUGAUCGCGUGGCUGGAGAAGAAUGGGAUAAAACAUGAAAAUAAUUUGUUGAAAGUGGAGCUGCUGAGAAUAGCUAAACAAAACAAGCCCCGAAUACGAUGGGCGAGGUGUGUGGAUCACGUGGAGAAGCUAAUUCAAGCAGACUGGGAGAGAGAAGUCCACAUAGACAGCGGCACCAUUCAUCCACUCAUCAUCCACCUCGGCGAGGAUAGUUCAAGUGAAGACAGUGACAGCGAAGAAUUUGAGGUUACGACACAGCAAGUAGAUGGAGACAGUGAAGUACUGGCAGUUCCUCUUGAUGAUUUACCCGGGUGUGCUUAUUGAGGUCUGUAUGUAAUAAACACCUGGGCAACUGUAAGUAUUGGGGUUUGAAACAUUUUUUUUUCUUUUAUGCAUUCCCAUUAAGUAUGUUGAUUACUGGAACUUUAUGUAUUAACUUUAUAUUACACGUAUUAUGAAAUUAAUAAUAAAUUUCAUUUCUGGAUUCGUAUAGGUGUAUGUGAAACAUUUUAUUUUGUUGUGUGUCUUCAUUUUUCAGUGAACUUACUUGGAAAACAAAAAGCCAGUCCCCAUCCAGGGCCACAAAUAAAUAAUGCAUAUAAGUGGUAUAGAAAUUACUGUCAAUUCUUCACCACAAUUUUACUGUUCAUAAAAUUAUGAUUUUGUCUAAUAAGUAUACUCAGGAAAAUGUAUAUAACCAUAUUUUUAUUUGUGGCCUUAACCGGCAAAAUGGUAGGGGUUUAUUAAAUAAAAGAAGAAAAUUCAUUUUUAAAUGUUUUCAUCUGAAUUUGUUAAUUUUAUUAAACCUUCAAUCCUUAGUCUUUUCCAGAUUGCUUAGAUGGACAGCCAUAUGUAUAAUUUACAAUACUUUUUUUUUCAGAUGCAGAAAACUGUGUUGAACUGUACUAAAUGAUGAUAUCUAUUGCUUACAUAAAUGUUGUAAAUUUAUAAAUUCUCCUAAAAAUUUACUUUAAAUUAUAUGUUAUUUCUUUAGCUAACAAACUUAUUUUUUAAUAUUUUUACCAUUGGGUAUCAUAAAUAAUGUUAUGAACAUAUACAUGUAUACUUAGAUCAUAUUCAAAUUACUUAUAUAUAUAUAUAUAUA